AGCAAAACGUCAAAACCCGUCCGAGUCAGACAAAAUUCAAAGAUUCGUCGUCGUCGUCAGGUCGUGGAUUAAAAUUUCGUCGUCGUCGUCGAAGGAAAAUUGUUUUUCUCGGAAAAUUAUCAGUGCUAAAGACUUUGGUGGUAUCCAGUAAAACGUUGCAAAUUAGUGAGCAAAUAGGAGAUUGUUGCGUCGCGGCGGGUGUUGCUGAAAAAAGUGCCCGAAAGAAGGCACACUCCAAAAUGUGAAUAGGUGGCACACAUCCCACCCAAAAAUCAGCCAUCAACAGCCGAGGAAAGUCCCGCGAAACAGCAGCAGCCACCUCAUUCAUAUAUGUGUCAUCCCGCCGUGCAUAUCAAAUUAGACACAAUCAGUCGGGUGGUCGCGAAACUUCUUCGUUGCGCUGAAUGAUUUGACUUUCGGCGAAACCAUCACACCGUCGUUCGUUGAGUGAGAAGGAGUUAUCGACGGUGCUGUUGCAACGAUGGCCGAGUCCAUCAUCUCGGACUGGAUUGCGGAGUAUAACUCGCUGCAGGAAUCCGAACUGCGGUCCUUUGCCGCCCAGCACGAAAAUGAUUACGAAAUCUCCAAGGCCCUGUACACCGUCCUGAACGAACGUGCCAAGUAUAAAGAUCUCAUCUACCCGGUUUGCAAUCAGCUGUGCAAUUUCUACCGCUCGAACGAAAUCGAGCUGCGACGGUUUACGCUGCAGUUUGUGCCGAUGCUGAUAUAUCUUUAUCUCAGCUCGGUAGCGUUGGGCGAUAAGAAGGGCUGUCGGUCCAUCGAAACGUUGCUCAUCUGUAUCUACAACAUCGAAGUCAGUGCGGACGACGGCACUUCCAAGGUAGUCUCCUUUCGGAUGCCCGUGCUGGCCCAGGCGUCGAUUUACCACGAGGAGAAAACCCUGCACCCGAGUGACCUGCGCCGCUGGGAGGAGAACAGCAACAAGGAAAUCAGCUGGGGCCCGCUUCCCUCGAUCGAGUCGAUCAACGCCCAGAAUCGUCUUAAAGUGAUGACGGCACUGCUGUUCACGUACAAUCAACAGCUGAACCAGAUUCACAAGCCUGCCCUGUUUCAUCUGUGCCGAACCACCUCGCUGCUGGUCAACCAGGGCUUCCCCAAGGUCGGUGGCCACAUGCACCGGCCGUCCUACGGAACGGAUCCGACGUCUCCGCAAUCGGCGAGCAGUUCGCCCGGUCAAUCCUCGCUUUCCAGCAGCAAACCGAUCCCCCGGAUAGCGGUCAGCUCGCAGUUUCUGGUGGAACUCGCACACGCCAACUAUUUUGCCAUGUUCAACGAAUUCGCUUCGGCUGCCAUCGAGGCGGUCAACGACCUGCAUAGCCGGGCAUGCUACGAGAUGCUACCGGAAGUGAUAUUAGUUACGAAUGCAAUCCGCAAUUCGCUGCACGCGAAUCCUUCUGGUCAACCAAGUGAUGGUCCGAUGGGAAUCAGUGUGGCGCUAACUCCGGCGACCACCACGGUGACAGUGUCGAAGUCGAUGAUCACCAACGCAUCGUUCCGGACGAAGAAGCUUCCAGACGAUCUGGAAGUAGAGUUUGUCAAUAAUCUGCAGUCGACGCAGCAGGAGAUGAUGACCAAACUGGCGGUCAUAGAUUCGGACGGUCAGGUGGUGCCGAACGGAGCGCCCAAUGGAGGUGUGGUCAAUGGAGCUGACGAGGAGGGUCGACAGACGGAGCCGAAGAAGAAGGAAUCACGAAAGUGGAAGAACUGGGGCUGGAAGAGCAAUAUGAACACCACACCGAAGCAGACCAGCAUCGAGGAGGAAGGUGAAUCUCCGAAAAAGUCCUGCUCCUCCAAGCAUUCUAGUCCUGCCGAAUCACCGAAGCACAAACUGCUGGGCACCAAAGGAACUACGGAGACGGACUCAAACAGCAUAUCGCCGGCUUCGCUGAGACGGAAAAAGUUCCUCACCAGCAAGAACCAAUCGCCGGUCAACCGAUCGGAAGCCCGGGCUAGUGCCGGAGCUCGGUUAUACGAGGAACUGGACAGCCUGCAGGAUUCGGACGAAGAACUGCAAGCGCUGAUCAUCAAUGGACGUCCAGCUACGAUACAUCUCAUUCAACCUUCCACGAUACCCGAUGAUAUCCCCAUCCAAGGCCCCACCAAGGAGGAGAACGGCCAGCUGAGCAGUAUUAACGAGGAAAGUGAAAGCGGUGGCGACGGGCCCAAAUCCGGGCCCGGUAAGGUGAAAGACUCCAAAACCCACAAGGUGCUGGUGAACUUCAUGAAGCUGAAAGAAAAGGACAAAGACAAGGACGACAGCGGCGGGGGUGGAAUGGGUGGCGGUGGGGGUAAUAAGAAAUCUUCCGGAGGUAUGAAGGAGAAGCUGGCCGGUAAGCAAUCGCUCCAGAUGCAACAGCAGACCAGUGCCGAGUUGAUCGAAGCGGAACGGGCCAGCCCCCAGACGGUGGCCAAGCGGAAGAGCAAUAGUAUUGAUAUUAUCAACAGUAUGCCGUCGACGGGGGUUUUGGGAGGAGGUGGAAGCGGAGGGGAGCUGAUUGUGGGUGUGGUGAAACAAUCGGUGCCAUUGUCGAACGGAGGUGUCAUGAUGGGGGCGGACGAUAAGGAUGGGCUGGAUGGGGUGGACCGGAACGGUAGUGGCGGUGGAGGGGCGAACCCCCUCGAGGUGGGAGAAUCGUUCGACUCGGGCAACGAGAUGAGCCUCAACAACAACAUCAACAAUAACAACAACCUGGACAAGUCUGCGUUGGACAUGAAAAACCACGGCAGUAUACAAGUUAGUCAAGUUUAAGAUUCAUCAACUGGAAAUGUGUUACUUUAGUUAUGUUAGAGUCGUUUACGUUAUUUAACUUUUGCGUUAUUUUUUACGAUUUAUUUUUAUAUUCGGUACAAUCAUUUGCGGUAUUAGGUUGGUGUAUGUUCGCUAGUAUGAGUUUGAUUAUGUUGAUUUUAGGUAAUAGAGAGACCUUUCCCUACUAUACGAAAGCUUUUGGACUGGUAGAUUCAGUUAUUUAGAUAAUAUUCACGACAAGCUGACUUUUUCCAUAAUUCCCAAUCUUUUCUUAUCUGCUAGAGAAAUACCAUUCUGAAUCUUGGAACAAUUACCAUUUGGCUGUUUUUGUUGAUAUGGCUAGAAAUUAAUUCAAAAACUCUAUUUAGUGUUUCCCAACCUUUUCGGAGCCGUGGCCCAACCAUUUCUUAGACCACUAAAGUUGGACGUUUUGUUCUUCUACCGAAUCUCUCAGAAUAAUUGAUGUGCAGGCGUUCCUACAAAUCACGUAUGUAAUUCACCGCAGAGCAUAAUGACGAACACAUCAAUGCAAGAAUUCUCAUCAACUGGGCGAUCUCCCCCUAAUCACUUAAAGCGGCAGGGGGUGUUUCCGUUUCCUCCCAGCUGUCGCAUAAUUUUGAUUUGCUGCAAUCCUUUGCGUAGGCGUUGCGGAAUCCACGCUCCGUGGCAAUAAACGUGAUACCAUGUGUAUUUAAACGUGUGUUCAUGCAAAGGAAUGGAAAUUAUCGGGGGCGUUCGCCGGCUUUGGAGUGGGUAUGUCUGGUUCAAGUAUUAGCGGUUUGGUUGAUGAUCUAUUUUCAUCUGCACUGAUAUGUCUAUAUUCAACUAUACUAGCUGUUUACGCAACGACGGAUGUGGUUGUUAAUAUUUAUCCAGGAUAUACAAGCGUAAUGGAAUGACUGGUGAUCAGGCAAUGAUAAUCGGAUUUUAGAAAUUCGGCUCACACCACAAGUUUGCUACGCUGAAAGCUACUGUUAAUCUGUUGAAAACUAGUUUGAUCCGUACCCUCUUCUCAAUAUGGACGUAAAAUACUCGUCUAAUGUAGGGAAACGCUUCACCGAGACUCAUUUUUUGAAUAUUGUGACACCCCGAAGAAUUAUUCAUCACUACUACAGAAAGUUUUGCUUACCAAGAAGAACCUCAUAGAAACAUUUGCCGGCAGUGGCCAAAUUUCGAUAAGACUC